AUGUUUAUUGCUCGAUCAGAAUAUGACCGUGGAAUCAACACCUUCUCCCCCGAAGGUCGUUUGUUCCAGGUCGAAUACUCUCUCGAAGCUAUCAAGCUAGGCUCCACAGCGAUCGGAGUAGCAACAUCCGAGGGUGUGAUCCUCGGUGUCGAGAAGCGCGUCACAUCUACCCUCCUCGAAGCGUCAUCCGUUGAGAAAAUUGUCGAAAUCGAUCAGCACAUCGGCUGUGCCAUGUCCGGUCUCCAGGCCGAUGCCCGCAACCUUGUUGAACAUGCCCGCGUUGAGUGCCAGAACCACGCUUUCCACUAUGCCGAGCCUUUGCGGGUCGAAAGCACCACUCAGGCAAUUUGCGAUUUGGCUCUGCGUUUCGGCGAGAGCGGUGAUGAUGAAGAGAGUGUUAUGAGUAGACCUUUCGGUGUUGCACUGUUAAUUGCUGGAUACGACGAGGAUGGGCCACAGCUAUACCACGCCGAGCCAUCUGGCACAUUCUACCGUUAUGACGCCAAGGCUAUUGGCUCGGGAAGCGAAGGCGCGCAGGCCGAACUCCAGAAUGAAUACCACCGAUCUUUGACCCUAGCAGAGGCUGAGACGUUGGUUCUCAAGACAUUGAAGCAGGUUAUGGAGGAGAAGCUUGACUCUAAGAACGUCCAGCUUGCUAGCGUGACCAAGGAGAAGGGCUUCCGUAUUUACGGCGAUGAGGAGAUGGGCAAUGCUGUCGCACAGCUUGGUGGGAACCAAUAG